AUGGGGCCGAAUACGCUGCAACAUUCCAUGAGCCAAGCACCCAAAGUUUUGGUUCUGCGCACCCACCUGGGGUUUCACGUACCGUACUGGACGACAGUGCUUGGAGCGAGCGGAGCAUGCCGAGUUCCAAUCCAUGGUGACAGAAGUAAGGAUGAAAUCUGCUUCUGGGGAUUGAACCUAACUUCAAUUUCAAAUCACGUUCGUCCUACCGGCCCGGCGACAACUGAGCCAGAGCAGACUCUGUCGGCCCACGAGGAUCGCCCGCUGGGUGCUUUCAACAGCUCGCAUAUGAAUGCCGAAGCGCGCACUGCCGCCGCGGAAGAGUAUAACGACCUUGAUAGCAGCGUGCAGGUGCUCCUCACGGCGUACCAAUGUGCGUCGACAGGGGCCACCCUGCACCCCUGCUGUUCCAAUGUCAUCCUCGUUGAGCCGGGCCAUAACAGCUCUCCGGCAAUCCAGUGGGAGACCCUUUGGAAACAGGCUGAGGUCAACCAAAACCAGAGACGGGAAAUUACUGCUGUGCUAUGUGGGUGCACAGAGCUGCUAUCGCCACAUCGAAGCCCCGCGUACAAGGAACGGAACACCCGCUGCAUCCUUUCGACAGAGCACGACAGUGUUCAGACAAUUCCAGAAGAACUCACUUGUACCGCCACCACAGAGGGUCUACAGCAUCAUCCCAGCAAGCCUAACAGAAAGAACAAAAAGAACAAAAAAUUAUUCACCUGCGACGUCUUCCAUCCCAUACAUCCCCUCUUCGCUCAUGCCCGCCGGCCGUCCUGCUUGCUUUCCUCUAGGCUCGGUGCCCCUGGCCGCGCGACUGUUUUCUUUGGCUUGCAACUGCAAUUCUCGCGCAACGCGAUUCACGGCUUCGCACUCCGCUCUCCUGACCAGGUCUCUGAGUUGUGUGAAGCUCUAGAGGAAGUCCCCGAGACCUGGACAAAUAAGCUGAACGAGUGCGAAGCACCAGCCGAGCACUCUCAAUCUCCUUCGGGACGCCUGCGGUCUGGCAAGACUCUCCAGGCUAUACUCCACAAUGAACAUCCAGAGGCGAAAUCGGAGGGUCUCGCCUGUCCUCUUACUUUUCAAGUCUUUUCACAUCCGACAUCAACCCCCACAAGAUCUUAUGAGUGGGAGGCCCAGCUUGUAAAGAUUCGACUCCUGACAAUUCGGUUUGAUCGGAAGCCGUACCUUGGAUGGGGAGGUCUUACGCAGGGUUCUUUCCCCGGGGUUUUCUACACGAGAGGUGUCUCAAGUGGAACGUUAAUGCCCAGGAGCAGCUCCGGUAGGUGGCGAUCACUGGCGGCUACCUCAAAUUUCUUGGAUCCUAAUCUCGACCGCCAGAACACCUCAACACCGCUCCGCGCGGCCGUCGCAUGCGAGCAUCACUCGACAGUGCAGUGUCUACUAGACCGAGGCGCAACCUUUACCCGGCAGGCAGUAUUUAGCACCCGAAAAAUCCUGCGACCAAUUAUCCAUGAACAGGGAAGUCCACGCGCCAGUCGUGGCCUGCAGUAUCGGGCAAUAGGGAAUAAGAAAAAGUCUAUGUGCACGGGACAGGGGCCCGAAUAUUCCGCAUUGCAAAGUGAGGUCGAGGCGUGCAUUGACUACGAUUGCGCAGACUUCUGCGGAUUCAAGGUAUUCUUUCCUGCAAUCCCUAACCGACAAGGUCGACCAUCAAUGCAGGACCUGAAGGAGAAGCUACUUGCUCUGAAUCCGGAAGAGAAAGAACUGCUGCUAUCGGAAUUUUCGGUGAUUAUGUUUAUUCUAUCCCUUUGUUGCACCGUACUAACUGUUUCUACAGGUCGCACAGCAAUAUUCCCUACAAAGAUUUAUUAUAUUGAGAAAGCCAUCGCACCGACAAGGCGAUCAGACCGAGAGCACGAUCAGAAGCUCGACAUAUUUCAGCAAUAUGAAACAGGUCAACAGCCUAGAAUUAUAGACACACCGGGAAUCCUGAUCGACUCCGUCAAGAGUCUGGGAACAGGACACCGACUACCUCACUUAUACCAUCUCUCCCUUAUGGGAUCUUGCAAUGUUCUCGCUCGAGAGCGACAGGCCAAGGACCGUAUCAAUUAUACCGGACAAACAGCAUCUGAGAUAUUUUCGUACCGGUAUUUCACCGACGAUUCAUUCUACUGUUAA